UGAACGAAACUUACGGGACGAACCCCAAACACUUGAGUAGAUAAGAUAUUAUUCAGAUAAUAAUGACUAUCUCAAGGUAGCACAUAGAUCAAAACAUGCCCAAUAUUCUCGGCUUCCAAGCGGGAUACGUCCUUGUAAAUAUAGCGCUUGUUUAAAAGAAGAAAAAAAAAGUAAAAAAUAAGUGAGAUCGUAGGUUGCUGGAGUGGAACGUUGACCCUUAGUAUAGUAAACAACUCAAGAGACCAUGGCUCAGACGUCGUCAUCACAUCGCUUACAAGUGAUAAGGAAUCAUUUAUUCAAUUUGCGUAAUGCAAGCGUCCUUCAGCGUGAUGAUUACUCCAGGACAAAGUGCUCCAUAUUGUUUUCUAAUACGUCAGUACAGGAUGUCUGUGGUAAACUUCAGUCAGAAUUGGCACAGAUAGGAGUCAAAGAUGUUGAAAUUGAGCCUCCUCCGAAAGGAAUGGAAGAAGAGUACACAACUCUUUUGACUCCACAUGCAGUUCAGUUUGUUGCAGAUUUAGUAAGACACUUCAAUGAUCAAGUAGAUUUGAUGAUGAAAGAAAGAGUCCGAAGGAAAGUAGAGUUGGAUAUUACUGGAGCAUUGCCAGGCUUUUCUGAAAAUCCCAAGAUAACUAAAAGUGAUUGGGUUGUAGCUCCAGUUCCUGAAAGGAUUGUUGACAGACGACUGGAUUUAGGUGAUGUAUCUCCUGCAAAUACUGACAAGUUUGUUGAAGCUUUGCUAUGCCCUGUCAAUGGGAUACAAACUGAUUUUGAUGACGGUCACUGCCCCACAUGGAAAGGGCAGUUACGAGGACUCCAUAAUGUUUAUAGAGCUGUGUUUGGUUUGAUACCUGGGGUUCCAGAUAUAACUAAAGUACCUGUUUUAAUGUUGCGUCCUAGGGCUUGGAAUAUGAUUGAACACAAUAUGCUGGUAGACGGUAAAGAAGUACCAGGCCCACUGUUUGACUUUGGCCUGCUAAUGUUCCACUGUGGUACUCAUUUGUUGAAAGCUAAGAGUGGACCCUUCUUUUACAUGUCAAAACUGGAAGGAGCAAAUGAAGCUAAACUGUGGAAUGAUAUAUUUUGUUGGAGUCAGGAUAAACUUAGCAUUCCCCAAGGAUCAAUUAAAGCCUGUGUACUCAUUGAAAACAUUUUGGCAUCCUUUGAAAUGGAAGAGAUUCUCUAUGAACUUCGUGAACAUUCAUUGGGGCUGAAUUGUGGGAUUUGGGAUUACUCAGCAUCUUUUGUCAACAAGUUUGGUAAGUAUUAUGUGAAUGUCCUCCAAAAAAACUUUGAUCGGUAAAAAAUUACACUAAUUGUGUAAUGCUAUAAUCAAUGAGUAAAGUUUUCAGUAUCUAUCUGUAUAUUUAAUUAUUUGGAUUCUGUAAAUC